UCGCAACUCUGCCUUGAACGAAAGAUACUUCGACAUCGAAAAGGCCCGGUCCAGAAGUCUGGAUAACCUUCUGAGUGAACCCGAACCUACCCCACUGGCAGAUUUAGGACUAAGUCAGUCGUCGAGGUUAAACGAAAGGUACCACUCCGUAGAGCAGCUGGCGCCCAUCAAACCAGUCAUAGCGAACCAGAACUAUAUGUCGAAACAGGAGAUCGAUUUCGAGUACCCAGAUGUGUCCAGCGUAAGCACGUCCCACAGAGGCGGUCCUAGAUUCAUCAAAUCGGCGUACGCUGGUAAGAAAGCACCGCCUGGGUCGCAUUCCAGCAAGGCGCACAUCGAGAAGUCUGAAUUCAGUGGUGUUAGGAGCUCGGCGAUGUCCGACACCAGCGAAGCCCCAAGUUUGGCGAGUCAUGUUAGAAGAGUGCGGGUGCCGAGUCAAGCUUCUGAUGUUGACCAGUUCCUCGACGAAUUAUUCAGUCCGGUUUUAGAUGGGAAUCUAGACGAGCUCAGUGACGCCAGAUCUUUAGCAGCUAGUAUUAAAGGAGGUGGAUGCAAUGAAGAGUACAUCGAGGGCCUAGAUGACUUCUUGGACGAGGUGUUAAGUGGUGUGGAGUGUCCAGGUGUUGAUACGUGGAACGUCGACGACCUAGUGGUUAAAAUUAAAGGUGGAGGGCACAGACCGAGAACUGACAGCCAGAGCAGCUCCGUGUUGGACCAAGAAGUCGAAAGCCUCACUUCGGCUCAGAACCGCCAGAGUACGCCGAAGGUUAACGCCAACGGUAAUGUGGACGAUUACAUAAGCGACCUGUUCAGACCGAUUUUCAUCAACGACAGCCUGAAGAGUCUGACCGAGAAACACAACUUAGUCGACAGCAUUAAAGGUGGGGGGACUACCCAAAACAGCGCCGGAACUUCUAGUUACAACUUCUCCUCUAUCCCCGCGCCGAUUGUUAGCCCCGCGCCGCUGAUGAUGCCCUUACUCAGUCCGACACAAGAUGGAUUCAUGCCCGUGUUCAACAUGCCUAACGUGGGCAUCACCCAGAACGGCACCGACAUAGCAGCGUACCAACAGAAUUUGCAAAGAGCGUUUCUCCAGUCUGCUAUGGCCCAAAACAUCCAAAUCCAACAGCAAUUGCUAGCGCAGAACCAGGCCCUACAACAGUUACUUACCCAACAAAACACUUCCGUCUCCACGGACGUCAAAGUCACGGAAACCAUUCAGACCACGGUGAAGGCCCAGGUGCACCAGUCCAACACCUCGAGCCCCAACAGGAAAGCCAGCUUCAAGUCCGUCAGCAGCGCCAACAGAAAAAUUAGUUCCCCUAGCGUGAACUCUUCGAGCGAUUUCAAGUCGCGCAAAGCCAGUUCCGAUUCCAACAUGACCAACAUGAGCAUGAUCAGCAGAAACGGCAUACCCCCACCACCACCACCACCACCUAUGCCGCCGCCACUAGACGGCACCGAUCCCAGCGAGGUGCGUCCCUUCAUGGACCCCUACGGCCGCGCCAAGACCGUCCGCAUAGGUAAGUGGCGGUGGCCGCCUCCCAAAGACGGCGCUACUCAGGAGAACGGGGAGGACUUCAUGCACUUCAAGCUGCGUCAGCACCAGCGCAAGGUGACGCCCAACAAGGAACAGACGGUCACUAUAACCAACGGCCACGCCAUCGGCUUCGUCAAGACCGAACAGUCUUCCGCGGAAUGGGAGGAGGUAGAGUUCGAAUCUACGGUUCGGGAGAACGAACGACUGACCAAGGCGAGCACCAAGCGCGCCUUCGACAUAGGGGCUGCAAGGCCUUCCCCGGGGAGCGUUGGGAAGCUCAAACUGAGCUCGGAGAUGAGGCAGAGACUGGAAAUGGUCACCGCUAAUCAUUCCGUGAGGUCCACGAGUAGCAAAGUUGACAAGCCGGGGAGGAACAUUAAUAAGUUGGAGGAUACGAGGAAGAUGAUGCUCGAGCAGCAGCUGGCUGGGAGGUGGGGAGACGAGUCGCUGAAUACUAGUGGGAAGUCUAGCCCGGAAACUCCUCCACAUGUACCACUCAACGGCACCAAAUCGCCCACCCAGCAAAGCUGGGCCAGCUCCAACUGGAAACCGGGCCCUCCGCCUCCACCGAUCGGCCCCAACUCCCUUCCCCCGGCGCCGCCCGGCCCUGCCCCCCCGCCGCCGGUCGUCCGCCCCAACCAGCCCCCGCCCCCCGUCGAGCCGACCAGGGAAUCGUCCUUCAUGGCCCAGCGCCAGGACAGGGACACCUUCGGGGUGCACCAGAACCGCGUGAUGCAGAACAACUCGAAGCGGAACUCCUUCAGCGCCAACUGGGAGGUGCAGAGCAGCCUGACCCACGAGACGGCCGACGACGCCGCCAGCUGGGCCAAGGACGGGGCGGACGGCGACAAGCACGACGGCAGGGCGUCGCGCGACAGCUGGGAGCUGGCCGAGUCCACCACCAACACCUCCAUAGACCCGCGCCACCUCGGCGAGCGGUGGGACAGAGAGGAGAGGAAGUUCGAAAAGAGCAAGAGCGUUAGGAAGGAAGCAACGAACCAUGAACCCGCCGAGAGGCCGACAUUCAGAACCCAUAUGUUCAACAAGAACGCCCAGGAGAGAGAGAAGAAACAUUCGAUAGCGUCCACCCAGAUGACCGACAAGACGGAAAGGGCGGAAG